AUGACUCCAUCCUCGAUGGCUCCUCAGCCUACGCAUACUGUCAAAGUAGGACCGAAAGAGAGCCCGCAUCAAUACUCGCCGCACAACAUCACCGCCGCUGUUGGCGAUGUCAUCGUCUUCGAGUUCUACCCGCGCAACCAUUCCGUCGUCAAGGCGGACUUUAUGGCACCUUGUGUGCCUGCUGUGGGGGAGAUCUUCAACUCGGGCCAGUUCAACACCUUUAAGAAAAAUAGCCAUGGGCAGCUGGAAGGAGAUCCUCCCACCUGGUCCCUAGUCGUAAACGACACCGAGCCCACAUUCUUCUACUGCACGGCAGUCGACUCCUGUCUCGUCAAUGGAAUGGUGGGAGUAAUCAACCCGAACGAAACCAUGACCUGGGAAGCACAAUUCGCCCAAGCAAGACGAUACCCGUACAUGCUCGUCCCGGGACAAUCGCCUCCAGCCGAAGGAACAGGCUACUCGUCCUCGGCUACCAAUACCCACAACAAGACCUCUUUCAGCGGUGGCGCCAUAGCUGGUACGGUGAUCGGCGGGGUUGCCUUUGUUGGCAUCCUUGUCGUCCUUGCGAUCACGCUGCACCGGAACAGGUAUAAACAAGGGACAUCCUCGCAGGUCGGACGGAUGGAGCGGACGGCUCAUUGGGCUCUCUUUGGUGGUCAUGGUGAGAGAAAGAGUGAGCAGGGGCUUACGGUGCCGUCUUCAGUUGCAGGCCAUGGUACAUUGUCGUCGAGCUCGGGCGCUUCGCCGCCUGCUGUCUCGCCUCCUCUGCAAAAUGUUGGAUAUUGGAACUGGGAGACCGCAAUGAAGCAGCCACCGCCGCAGGAAGAGAUUCGUCAGCCGAGUGAGUUGGAGGCAACGGGUGGUGUGGGUGGGAGGCCAGGAGGAAUGUACUACGGAUGGAGGUGA